AUGGAGCUUUCUGCCGAGGGUAAAACCCCGGAAUAUAUGGCUUUGGCCGGAAUUAAGUUCAAACUAAGUUUACCUCAUCUUAAAAAUGAUCCUCAGUUAAAAGAACAACUGCUACAAGGAAUCAAGAAUGGAAAUAUGGCUCCUUAUUACAAAGAAGUUUGCACUGAUCUUGGGUGGCCAAUGGAUCAGAAGUUAUACGAUCAGAUGACAAAAGAGAACCAAGAUAGGUUAGCUAACUUUAAAGAGGAUGAUUCGGAGACUCCUGUUUGGCAAGAUAGAUUGGAUUACUUGUGCUCCAUUGGGGACAAAGAAGCAGCAACUGCCCUGGCAACAUCAAAGUAUGAAGAUGCUACGUUGACCACAAACAGAAGAUUAGAUGGAAUCUUUGCCAUGUUUCGGAUUGCAUACUUUCAUGGCUGCAAUGUUAAAGAAAUGGGAAAAGCUAUCAACAAGGCACAUGAGCUGGUUGAUAAAGGUGGAGACUGGCGCUCCAGGAAUAAGCUUAAAGCUUAUGAAGCUAUCUACUGUCUUGCAGUCAGAGACUACAGCAAAGCAGCUGAUCUGUUUAUAGAUUGUGUUUCAACAUUUGAGUCUUAUGAACUGGUAGACUUUGGCACAAUUAUUCAGUAUUGUGUGUUAGCGUGUGCGCUAGCUCUCGAGCGCCACGCCUUGCAGUCAGCUCUGCGCCGACAAGGCGCGGCUGUUCAGGCGCUUCGUUCACGUUUCCCAGAGUUAAGAGAACUAGUUGAGUCUCUACAUGAAUGCCGCUAUGCUGACUUCCUCAAAAGUCUUGCUUGGGUCGAGACCCAGAUCUGCGUAGAUCCCGUGUUCCGCCCUCACUACCAGCAUUACGUUCGUGAGGCGCGCAUCAAGGCCUAUGUGCAGCUACUGCGCGCCUACCGCUCGCUCAGCCUUGACAACAUCGCAGACACGUUUGGAGUCACCCGGGAAUUUGUCGAGGAGGAAAUCUCUACGUUUACGGCAGCCGGUCGUCUUCAGUGCCGUAUCGACGCAGUAGCAGGGUGUGUAGUGACGGGCGCGGGCCGCGGAGCCGACGCCGAUCGCUCGCAGCUUUACCAGGCGACUAUCCGCGAAGGAGAUCUACUCCUCAACCGCGUCAAGAAACUAGCCAGCGUUAUCAACUUCUAA